UCAUUCAUGCUAUUUUUCUUUGAUUUUAUCUAUCACCAGGUUUAUAAAUUUCUCUAUUCUGCCUUGGAUUUGUUUCUUCCCCAGAAGAAAUUUCAGCUUUUGUCAUUUGAAACUACUUCUAAAACUUAUUCUGAACUGAUGCAAUGUAUGCAGUUGGCCUUCCAAAAAGAUGACUUUCGCACAUUAGAUAAUCAAAGAGAUCAGAUACUCAAUGAUACUGGGUAUGGUGUUGAGUUUAAGAAUUUUUUUCUGAGCUAUGUACAGAUUUCUUCUUAUUACUAUUCAACGGAUGAUUUAUACAGAUAUAGUAUGAAGGGAUGUGCUGCAUUUAUUGUAGUUAUGGAUUCUAAUACAGGUUAUGGAUUGAGUACUAGUACAUAUAGUAGUGUUACAGUAAAAGAGUUAAUUGAACUUUCAUCGGUGGAUGAUUCUCAAUAUUCAGAAAAGAAACCUAAAGUUUACUUGAAGAAAAAUCAUAGACCAAUGCUAUUCAUUCUACGAGGUACAGAUAAGGCAAUGAUUAAAAAAGCAGAAGAAGAAAUAGAAAAAGGAAUUUCUGAAUGCCAAUACGAAAGGGAUAAAUAUUAUAUUGCCUAUCAUGAUUCAACUUUGGAGAAGGAAACUAUUUAUGAAGGAAUGGAAUGGAUAUUAUCCAAACAAUCUUCUUAAUAUAAAUUAUAUUAUUAUUUAAU